CAAAAUGGGUUCCUCCGCGGCAGCCUUGCGAAGAAACGUUCCGCGCGUGUGGGUGCUGGGAGCCGCGUGGGGUCGGGACGUGUUUCCGGUGCCGGCGACAGCAGCCGGAGCUGAAGCCCAAGCAGCUGCAGGGAGAGAGACCUGGGUUGGCAUGACAGAUUGAAGCCAGCUUUCUGCGGUAAUCCGCUUGAGAGGGAUAAUGAUGAACACAGAGAGUUCAGUGCUGUCUCACUCCCCCACCCGCUCUCCCCAGGACCAUGGCCAACACCGAGCGCACCUUCAUUGCCAUCAAGCCCGACGGGGUUCAGCGGGGGCUUGUGGGAGAGAUCAUCAAACGUUUUGAGCAGAAGGGCUUCCGCCUCGUUAGUCUGAAAUUAAUGCAGGCGUCUGAAGACCUCCUCAGGGAACACUACAUCGACCUGAAGGACCGUCCGUUCUUUCCCGGCCUGGUGAAAUACAUGCACUCGGGGCCCGUGGUCGCCAUGGUCUGGGAGGGGCUGAACGUGGUGAAGACAGGCCGAGUGAUGCUCGGGGAGACUAACCCUGCGGACUCCAAGCCGGGCACCAUCCGCGGGGACUUGUGCAUCCAGGUUGGCAGGAACAUCAUUCAUGGCAGCGAUUCCGUGGAGAGUGCAGAGAAGGAGAUCAGCCUGUGGUUUCAGCCCGAGGAACUAGUGGAUUACAAGAGUUGUGCUCAGGACUGGAUCUACGAGUGACAGGAGGUGGAUGCCUUCCCAGCCACUUCCCUCCUUCCUGUGGAGAGAGGACCAGACUGUAGCAAACCUAGUUAUUUCCAGAAUUUCCUUAUAAUCUGGAGGGAAACUCUUGGAGCUGUGAGUGCUCCCUGUACAGUGUUAUGUGCUCCCAUCAGAUUAAAAUGUUUCAUCCCAA